AUGAGUAAUGAUUAACCAUUCGAAGAUGUCGAUCAAUUUCUUCAUCCUCUUGCCACUUAAUAAUCCAUUCCUAAUAUUCUUUAAUAAGCCAUCACAUAAGAUUAACUCUUAGCAUAAAAUGUUCGAUUAUUACAAUAAUUACAUGAGCAAUAAAGAAUGUUGAACCUAUAAAGUCUAUUCACUAAUAGUAUGCUCAUGAAUCCCUUGAUCUAAUAAUAAUAAGUCAAUUUAGAAAGCAAAAAAAUUAAGAAAGUUAAUAAGACAAUUAAAACAAUACCUUCAACAACAAGUCUUAAGGAUUGUGCUUAACCAAUCUAAGAAAUCAAAGGAAAUGUUAAAAAUGCUUAUAUCAAAAAAAUCACAUCUUUACUCAGUGUAGAAGGAGAAAAAUUGCUUGAUGAAGACUUAUAAGAAGAUUUAGAAUUAGAGAGCUAUUCAGAAAUAUAAGAUAAAAGCAAAUUGGCAGGUCUUUUAGGAUCAAACAAUGAUUUAUUGAAUACUGAAUCAAAAAACAAAAGGUUGAGACAAAGUGCUAAAAAUUCAAGACUUCGAAAAAAAGUUUAUCUGAAAUUACUUGAAAAAAAAGUAAAGACAAUUACAUAUACAAUUAGGUUUCUGAAUUAGAUUAAUAAAUAUAAGAAUACAAAAAAACAACUAGAUAAUCAUUUGAGUAUUUAACACAAAUAUUACAAUCACAUCCAAUUUUAAAUAGUAUGAUCAUUGGAAAUUCUGCAGCUAUUGAUUAAGUUUUAGAGUGUUCCUCACCUGAUUAAGCUUAAUUAGUAUUGGAUUCUUAUUUAGUAAUUAUUUUAAUAUAAUAUAUUUAUAGAUGAGAUAUGGAACUUGUGGAAUUAAAAGAAGAGAUUAUGUUAAAUAUGCUGUUAAAAAUAUUUAAAAGAACUUUCUUAAAGGCAAUUAUGGACUCUAACUUAUGAGUUGGAACUAGUAAAUUUAAAAUUGUAAAGAGUAUUUUAUUUAUCAAAUUAGAUGAUACUGAAUUUAAUUAAUAUGUUGAAAUCGUUAAGGAAGAAGCUAAACUUGAAGAUGAUAACCUUGUUUAUAGUGUUUUACCUACUAUUGAUAAAAUGCUUAACCAUCGCAAAAUGUCUUAAUAGUAUUCUAAUAUAAUUCUAUAACUCUAGAUUAUUACUCAAAUUUAACUAAGAUAUCAAGAAUUUAAAAUAGAAUCAAUAAGAAAUUGAAGAAACAAUCAAUCAGUUUACAUAAUCCUUAACUCCCAUCCAGCAUUUAGAACUCAUAAAAUAGGUGGAGAAGAUGGGGACUUUCAAUCGUUUAAAUAAAUGA